AUGUUCACUAUUUCAUCGACUCUUCAUCCCAAUUCCGGGUUUCACACUUCCUCAAGAUCUGUCGUCCGCAUAUCCAGCGCUACAGAACUUCAUCACUGCUCCCUUAACCUCCAUUUCGUGCUGCCACCUCUCAUUUUUGUCGACUUGUACGAACUACAGCAACGGAAUGCUUCUUAUUCGUUCGUGCACCAUGGCAUCAACAAUCUUGAACUGCCAGUAGCAGCUCUACCCAGAGAGGAUUCUGAAAUACUUCUCAACGUUCAUUAUCCUAGAGCGCCCAGUGGAAUAGUCACAGUGGAAGUCGACGUACCGUUGCACGCUCGAUACGGAGAGCCAGCCGUGGAGGGGGAAAGCCCAUUUGUUAUCGCAACUGUACCGAAGCCCGGGGGAUUCAUUGCUUGCUCAAGGGACACCCAUGCACCCGUUUCUAGCGAUAAUCUCCCAAAGAUGAGCCCGCAGUUCACCGCUUUGUAUGACUUAGAAGCUUCGACAUUCGUCAAAUUAACUCCUGCUGCCUCCCCUUCCGACACGGUCGACACUCUCCGCAUUCCUGUUGGGUCGAUCUCUCACCUUGCUGUCGUUGAACUAGGAACUGCAUUUUGCAUCGUUGCGUCGUUCUUUUAUCUGCUACACGCCAUGCUGUCGACGUAUCGAACCUUGAAUGCAUCACGACACGCUAAAACAGAAUAG